UACGGUAGCCUUCCGCAAGACGAGAUAGUACUGCUAGCUCUCUUAUAUUUCGAGGAUUACAGACACAGUACUCAAUAUUAAAUGUCGUCAGUAAAUAUUUCUGUCGAUUCGAACAUCCAAAAGCGUUAAAUCUAUAUAUUUUCCUCAAGAAAAAUACCUCGUCUCUCAAAGGCGUUUGAAAUCGGACACCACUGGCGUUGAGGGCCUCACUUUAGUGCGGAGGGAUACGUUGUUGCGUCUGACAAUGUGGACGGAGGUGGUGAAGAUGUCUACGAGAAGAAUGAAAUCAUCUCAGUUGUAACAACAAAAACGGAAGACGCGAGAUUAGUUACUAUAAUAGAAUUGUUUGCACACAGACUUGUUACAUUGAAGCCAACACGUGGGCGCUGCGUGAAAAGCAGGCUUCCCGGGACAAAAGGAAAACAUCUACUGUGCUCCAAUGCAUUUCAUGCACUGAGGUCGAAAUUCUCUUGAAGUUUUAUGUUUUUUUUCCCGUUGCGAGUCUCCGCUUUUCUUUUUACUGUUGGAUAUCGGACACUUGGAAAGGAGAGGGUUUAUUAGAGACUGAAGGGUAUGAACGAACAGCAGCAAAGAAUGGCUGCAGUGGGAACUGACAAGGAACUCAGCGACCUCCUGGAUUUCAGUGCGAUGUUUGCACCUCCAGUAGCCAAUGGGAAAAACAGGACAAUGACACUGGCCAGCACUCACUUUGGUGGAUCAGCAAUAGAUGAGCGCAGUGGCUCUGGGUCUUGGGGCUCCACAGAACAGAAUGGUCCCUCAUUCAGCCAAGGACGGGGCUAUGGAGAAGGAUCCCACUUCAGUGAACAUGAAGGCUUGUCUUCUCCAUUCAUCAGUUCAGGGAUUGCUGGUAAAAAUGAGAGGCCGCCGUACCCUCCCUUUGGAAGCCAGCCUGGUUUUCUUCCUAGUGACAUAGCGAUACCCAGCCCAGAUGCCAUGUCCCCCUCUGGUCUGAAAUCUGGCUCUCAGUUUUAUCCAUCAUACCCCAACAACCCCAGGAGAAGGCCGCCUGAUGGAGGCUUAGACACCCAGCCAAAGAAGAUUCGGAAACCCCCUGGCCUGCCGUCCUCGGUAUAUGCUUCCACGUCCGGUGAUGAGUUUACCAGUGACAAUAGAGGAUACCCUGGUGCUAAACCUGGUGCAGUUUACCCAGGCUCUUUCUACAUGCAAGAAGACCCCUGGUCAUCUUCUGGCUACUCUACCAUGCUUGGCAACUCCCCUCACAUUGGACAGCCAGGCUCUUUUCCUGCAAUCAACCCACAGGACAGAAUGAACUAUCCUCUGCAUGGCAGCGAAGUCAACGGCUUCCACUCAGCCUCCACAACCUACAGCCACACACCCACCAUCAACGGAGAAGGCAUCAUGGCCAACCGAGGCACCACAGCGAGCAGUUCAGGAGAUGAGAUUGGGAAGGCUCUUGCCUCUAUUUACCCAUCGGACCACAACAGUAAUAAUUUCCCUUCAGCUCCUUCUACUCCUGGAUCUCCUCAGGCCAUUGCAGGAGCUCAGUCUCAGUGGCAAAGACCCACCACACCCAACUAUGAAGGGCAACCACAUGCACUGCAGGGGAAAAUGGAGGACCGCUUGGAAGAGGCUAUUCAUGUGCUUCGUAACCAUGCUGUGGGUCAGAGCCCUGCUUUAGAGGGUGCUCACUCUGACAUGCACAACCUGCUGUCGUCAGUACACAAUGGCAGCCUUGGAGGCCUCUCUCCAGGUUUCCCCAACACCAGCCUUGCCCUCAGUAAUAGACAUCCUGCCAUGCAGGGAAGUAAACAUGAGGAACCCACGGGUCUUCCUCCCAGCAGCACUCUCCUGCAUGGUCAUCAUGCAUCCGGACCCACACCGUCAGUUGGCCAGCCAGAAGGCUUUACAAGUCUCCCUGGUGGAUUGGCCCGCUCCACACACUCCUCCAGCAGCUCAGACAUUAAAAGAGAAGAUAAAGAGGAUGACGAAAACUCAUCUGUUGCAGACAAGUCUGAGGAGGAAAAGAAAGACUCCAAGGUAGCACGCAAUCGAACAAGAAAGGAGGUGUUGACCCUCCCGAUGUUCUCUGGCCUAUCAGACCAGAAAGAUGAUCAGGACAAUGAAGACGAUGAGGACCUUCCCCCUGAGGUGAAGAUGGAGCGUGAGAGGGAGCGGCGAGUGGCUAACAAUGCCCGUGAACGCCUCAGAGUACGGGACAUCAAUGAGGCGUUUAAGGAGCUUGGGAGGAUGUGUCAGCUGCACCUCAGCCAUGACAAACCUCAGACCAAACUUCUCAUCCUUCACCAAGCAGUCAACGUCAUCCUCAAUUUAGAACAACAAGUCAGAGAGCGCAACCUUAACCCCAAGGCAGCAUGUUUAAAACGACGUGAGGAAGAGAAGGUGUCUGGGGUGGUGGGAGAAACACCCAUGCAGCUCUCAGGAGGCCACCCCAGCAUGGGAGGAGAUGGCCACAAUCCAGUUGGCCACAUGUAACACCAGAGGUCUGGCGGUGUUUCCCUGGCUGUCAGAGGAUGUGGCCUUAACCAAUUUCUUCCACCCAUUAUUCUCAGUGUGUGUGUGUAUAUGUGGACAUGUCUGUGUAUUGUCCGUUUGAGUUUCAAGAUGCACAUUCACACACUGGUACACACAUACAUACUGCCAAAACUGACACAGCCCGUUUGUCGCACUCCCAACCAUGACUACAAACUCAAAUGUGAAGAACUUUUUUUUUUUUUUGCUUUGUUUUAUACAUGUAAUAUUUUUAUUUUGAUUUUGGUUUCCACCUUUUGAUUUAACACCAGAGUACUUUUUGUCCUGCCACAUUUUGGGACUACACACACUGCCAAGAGGUGCUCUGGUGGAGGGGUGGGGGGAGGAGACCUAAACAAACACAAAUUUAAUCAAGGAUUUGUGCCUAAUUGUUACAUGUUUUCUAUUUGACAUUUAAGCAAAUUGCUUUACAUGCGAGGAACAUUUGUGAGGGAUUGCUUAUGUGUAUGAGCAAUUAAUUUUAAUGUAUGUCAUUCCCAGCGUGAUGGUACAGUCUUACAUAUGUUAUGUAACCAAGCCCAUAGUUGAAUUGUCAAAAUUCAGUAACUUUUCCUUUUGCUUGUGGACGAUGGUUGGAAAGGUCAUUAUUAGUUUUGACAGUUCAAAUGCAGCUUGCCUGAAAGACGGGAACUCUGACCCAGAGCCAGUCUCUGCCUCAGGCCUGGUCUCAUCCCACAAGGCAUCUGGAGACUUGGAAUCAAAGACUUCUUCCUUGAAAGUUAUGGAUUAUCCAAGUGGGUAGAAUUUGUCAACAAAACAAAAUUGUUCUUCCUUUUUGUUGACCUAGAAUUCUAGUGUUACUCCAGGGGUUCCUUGUUAUACAGCCAGGUUUUUUUUUUACUGCUUUAUGUACUAAAGCAUACAUGGACAAGACAAAGCACAGUUGUAUAGAUUUAGGCUGGAAGUUAAGUGUUGACUUGUAUUGCAUUUGAGUCCCUGAAAGUCUUUGUAUAAAAGCCAUUUGAAUCACUUGUAAGUGAUCAGCACCACUUAGUGCUGUUACUUUCUUGAAAUGGUUUACUGACAGUGCCAGCAGACUUAACAGCUAGAGUCUUUCCCUUUUGUUGAUGCUCUGUGAAAGACAAAAAUCUGGGUUCCUUUUAAUGCAGGGAUCUUAUCAGCCACAGUUGUUAAAACAGAUUAGCCUUUAUGUUAUUGAGGCUUUCUUUUCCUAAAUGAGCAUUCCCACUGAAUUACAGCCCCUCACCUUCCUCCUGAGCAAGUGUGUUCUCACCUUUCUUACUGAGAGAAGCGUGAUGUGUAAAUUCACUUCAUACAUUAUUCUGUUUCAUUUUUCAAAAUUAAAUAUAUAUAUAAAUAUAUAUUUUUUGUUAGUCUAUACAUUGUAGAUUUUUUUACAUAAAUGGCAAUAUUAGUUUGAAGUUUAGAGUGUAUUGUAGAUGAGCUGUAUAAGGGAAUAUUUGACACUUAAAUCAUGUUUAAAAGUUAAUUCAGAAUUGAACUGGGAUGACUGAGGAAAAGGAUCAACAGAUAACAUCCUUUUUUUAUUCCAGUUUUAGACGUGAUGUGCACCAUCAGCCACCCAGAUGGACUCUGUCUUUCCAUUUGGGACAGACUUUUGUGCCACAGCCCUGUUGAGGUGCUCCUACGUCAGCAGGGAGGCACUUACAAUAGAUGUGGGGAGGUAUUUUUGUCUAUCAGUAAUUAUGCAACUGGUUUUGAAUGUAGCUACCAUACAAACGUGGAUCGCCUUCAUUUUCAAAGUUGUGUUCCUGGGGUUUUGUCAGCUCAGCGUAAUAAGUUUCAUUUAAUAUUUUUCUUAUGUCUGCCCUCAAGUCAAAUGGCUCUCGGUGUGCAGCUCAGUCGGGUUUCCUGCAUACUCAUUUUGGAGGCAAAUUCCUGUAUUUGGGUUUAAGGUAAUGGAUAAUAUGGAGAACAAAACAGUGUUAUUGUGAUGUUAUUCCCAAGUCAAGUUGUGAAUGGUUUCUUUUAUCAACAUGUUUUCAGAAGUGGGAGGUAGAACAUUUUGUGUGUUUUAAUUUCUACAAAAAAAAAAAAAAAAAAAAAAAAAGACGAAGAAAAAGACCUAUACAAAUCAAUAGUGUGGCCUUUUCAUUCUCAAGACUUAAGAUGUCAUGAUGGGAGAGUGAUGCCUUAUCAGUGCCUGAACUUGUAUUUUUCAUUUAUGACAGUUUUUUUUUUUUUUUUUUUUUUUUUGGGUGAACCAUAUCAUUUCAUUUAUCAUGGAGAUUAAAGAGGUACUUGUUCAUUCCCCAACCCUCCCUUCUCCUAAUGUUUUUUUUUUUUUUUUCAAUUUUGAGGAAGUUUAAAUGGAAUAAAGAGAUUUUCUUUCAGUGUACCUAGUUAAAUAAAUAAAUGUUGCAUAGAUCUUGUUAAGUUCUUUACCCCCUCCCCCAAUCUUUUUUUUUUUUUCUCAACUGGAUAAUAUUGUCCAAACUGCUGUUUUAAUUAAGGUCAUGGUCACGGGUCCAGUUCUGUCUUUAGUAUAAUUGCUAAAUUGCUUGACAUGAUAGGGUUCGGGAAAGGCUGCUUUUGGCUCUUAUUGACCGUCUUUGAUGCACAUGAAUAUGUUUCAGUUUAUGUUGCUUCAGUUUCAGUGUAGGAGUGAGUAUUAUUUCCCACACUAGCUGGAACUUCAGACUUGGAGCAUUUGUGUAUAUAUCAGAGCACAAGCCCUUUGCUGCAGUGACUUUCACUAUAGUGAUUAGUUAUAAUUGUCAGGCCUGACUUUCAAACAUCCUGCUCUUCGGUAGCAUUAAAAGUGACUUUUUUUGGGGGAGGGGGUGAAGUUCUAAUCAGUUAUUUCAAAACUUAUCUGAAAUUUUGUCUAUUUCAAAAUCUGUGAGUGUACCGAAUUAUGCUGGUUUGUUGUAAGGGAAAUCACACUAGGUAUCAUUUUGUGUUCUAUGGACAUUAGUGUACAAAUGACAAAUUACAUAUUUGCAUUUUAUUUCUUUAUCCAAGUCUGGCAGACACAGGAGCUUGUAGAGUUUUCAUUUGACGGACUUUGACUUGAGUAAUAGAAAGCAGUGAUUAAAAUCUUGCUUUCAGUUUUUAUUUUCUUUUUUCAUAUUUCUGUUGAACUAAAAAGAUGUGACCACUGAGUGUUAAAUACAGACGCAGUUGCAGAGCUUGUCAUCUUGGGGUGAGGACCAUGUUGACUCAUCCAGGGUCCUCAUAGUGCCUCACUAAAUCUGUCACGUAUAUAAACGUAUAUAAAUAUAUAUAGUUGAGAACUGUCCUGUACAUAACAGUAAUGUAGCAAUAAAUGUGCCAUUUUUAAUAACAGAUUAUACCUUUUCCAAUGUCUGGCUUUUGAAUAUUGUAUACAUUAAAAGCAAAAUAAAAGAAACCAUUGUUAUAAAGGGUU